AUGAGUUGGUGGUGGUCCGGAGCUAUUGGCGCUGCCAAGAAGAAAUUGGAUGAAGAUGAAGCACCGCGAAACUUCGAGAACGUGGCCUUAGUGGUCGGCGUGACCGGCAUCGUUGGCAACAGUCUCGCUGAAAUUCUACCUUUAUCCGACACUCCCGGCGGUCGAUGGAAAGUCUACGGCGUCGCACGCCGUCCACGACCCUCCUGGAACGAAGAUCACCCCGUCGAAUAUAUCCAGUGCGACAUCACCGAUCCAAAAGACUCCGAAACCAAACUCUCCGUUCUCACCGAUGUCACACACAUCUUCUACGUCUGUUGGGCAAGCCGUCCCACCGAAGCAGAAAACUGUGAAGUUAACGGUGCCAUGUUACGCAACGUCCUCACCGCGGUCAUCCCAAACGCUCCAAAUCUCCGCCAUGUUUCACUUCAAACCGGCGGAAAACACUACAAAGGCUCAUUCGAGUCGUUUGGCAAGAUCAAGUACCAUGAGCCACCGUACACGGAGGAUAUGCCGCGUUUGGAUACAAACAAUUUCUAUUAUACUCUCGAAGAUGUUUUGUUUGAAGAAACGGCAAAAAAGGAGGGUUUGAGUUGGUCUGUUCAUAGACCUCUUAUCAUCUUUGGAUUCUCACCUUACAGUAUGAUGAACAUUCUCGGAACUCUCUCCGUUUACGCUGCGAUUUGUAAACACGAGGGUCUUCCUCUGAGAUUCCCAGGGACAAAGUUAGCUUGGGAGAAUUACUACAUGGCGUCCGAUGCAGAUUUGAUUGCUGAGCAACAUAUUUGGGCUGCGGUGGAUCCUAACGCUAAGAACGAAGCUUUUAACUGCAGCAACGGUGAUGUGUUCAGGUGGAAGCAGCUAUGGACGGUGUUGGCGGAACAGUUUGAGAUUGAGGAGUAUGGGUUCGACGAAGAGGGUCCUCGUUUGAAGUUGACGGAGUUGAUGAAAGAUAAAGGUCCUGUUUGGGAGGAGAUUGUUGAGAAGCAUCAGCUUCAGCCAACGAAGCUUGAAGAGGUUGCUGAGUGGUGGUUUGCUGAUCUUAGUUUGGGAGGAACUGGGUUUACGGAUAGUAUGAACAAGUCGAAAGAGCAUGGGUUCUUUGGAUUCAGGAACACUAAGAAUUCUGUUAUUAAUUGGAUUGAGAAGACAAGAGCUUACAAGAUUGUGCCAUGA